AUGUUCUCAGAAAUUGCGUGUUUCCUUGAUGGGUUUUACUCAAAUGAUCGUUCAAGACAGCUUGAAUCCGCUGCCAAGAUCAAGGAGUUUCUCUUAAAGAAUAUGCCAGGAAUAGGGCCUUUUGGUACUCAAAGGCUGACAUAUUAUGGAGUUAUACGUCGUUUUGUUGGAUUUCUUCACAUGAAAGAUUCCCCUGAGCUUCCCUGUCUGGCAGCUGAGGCUCUAUCAAUCGUUGCUGCUAUUAAACCGGAUCUGGUUGUUGAUCAAGAUCCUGGUCCAAAGCUAGUCAAGCUUAUUGCUUCACCUUAUAUCCGUGAUCCGGCUUUACUGGCACUGGCUAAUGUUGCUGCUGAUCCAGUACACCAUGACUAUCUUCUUAAGUCUGGUGCAUUGAUGCCACUGUUGAAUCUGCUGUCCAAGGAUACUACUACCUUGUCGACGCUCAGAGCUGCCACUCUUACUUUGUGUAACUUGUGUCGUGGCAACCCUCCACCCACCUUCGAACAGGUGCUACAUGCACUUGAACUACAUCUUCAUUCAAAUGAUGAAAGAGUCUUGGAAAAUGUUUGCUCGGCCAUUCAGUAUCUGUGUAAUGGUUCAGAAGAUGGAAUCCAGAGUGUGAUCGAUGCUGGUUUUGUCCCAAAACUAGUUGAACUUCUCCAACACCCUUCCCCAUCUGUGCUUAUUCCUGUACCGCGUCUCAUUGAAACUAUAGUUAGUAAACAUAAGGACCAGAUCCAAUGUGUGAUCGAUUGUGGUGCUUUACGCAUUAUUUCUGACCUGUUUAAUCGAGACUAUGACGAACAAGUAAAGACAGCCACCUUCUUGGCGGUUAUAAGCAUCACCUCAGGCUUUAGAGAACAUAUUCAGGCAGUUAUUGAUGAAAAUUUAAUUCCAAAGUUGGUCAGUCUGGCUCAAAAUGAUAAAUUGGGAAUGAAGAAGGUAGCUGUAUGGGCAAUUUCAAAUGCAACCUUAAGUGGUUCUCAUGAGCAAAUCAUGUUCUUGGUGGAGCAGGGUUGCAUAAAACCUUUAUGUGAUCUCCUGUUACAUCCAGAUCCAAUUAUCAUCUCAGCGUGUCUGAAUGGAAUGGAAAAGAUUUUGGAGGUUGGAAAGGCAGUGAUGAUGAACAUAGGAGGAAACGUGAACAAUUACACUCAACAGAUCGAAGACGCGGAAGGUCUAGGAAAGAUUGAGAACAUGCAACACCACGAAAACAACGAGAUCUCCGAGAAGGCUUCCAAUAUUCUAAAGACAUACUGGGAGGAAGACGAUGGUGAGAAUUGA